AUGCCGCCACCACCACCUACGCAGUCUCAAAACAGAAUAAGUAAACCAAAAAAACCAUAUACCAUACCUGAUGGAAAACAUAUAAGUGCCAAAAAAGCAGCAAGUUACCUACAUUCAGUAAAACAACAAUCUCAACCACAACAAUCUUCAACGUCUACAACAUCAAUUGUCAAAAAUACAGAACCAAAAUGGAACCCAAAACAUUUCAGAUUAUUUGUAGGAAACCUAGGACCAGAUGCAACAACUGAAUUAUUGAAAUCGGCAUUUGAUAGUUACAAAUCCUUAUCCAAUGUAUAUGUACCCAUAGAUAGACAGUCAAAAAAGCCAAAAGGUUUUGGAUUUGUUGCAUUUGAAAAUUCACAAGAUUAUCUACAUGCAUUUCAAAAUAUGAAUAAUAAAUAUAUUGGUCAAUUUCCUGUUCAAUUAAAAAGAGCUGAAUCUUCAAUUCCUAAAAAACAUAAAAAAAAGUAG